AAAAAAUAUAUAUAAUAAUUCGUCAUGGUGGGAACGACUCUCGUGGUGGAAACGUUCAAGAAAACUGUCCUGCAAUGUUUUUGCAAAACGUGUCAAGUUCCUAAUGUGGAAAAGAAAGUGUUGCAGCAGCCUUCCACGGGCAGGCCAGCAGCAGCCUGUGUCGUCAGAAAACCACCGAAGAAAGUGGCCUUUCUUGCUACUGAAGUCCGAUGCUCCGAGCAGUCGAAGGGCGGUCUAAAGUAUGAAUUGGUGCUAUCUGAGCCUGCUUUAGAGUCUCCGAAGCUCACUGCUCAUUCUCCUCCCAAAGCGAAUCUUUCUAUUGAAGAUAUCGAAAAUAAGUUGAAAGCUGCCGAAGAACGAAGACAGUCAGUGGAACUGCAAAAAUUGAGCUUUGUGUGCGAGCAGUUGAACCAUCUAAAUGAAGUCAAAGGUAAACGAGAAGAGUUUGAUUCUCAAUUUAAGACGGCUGUUCGUGAAAACCUGGAACAAAAGUUAGAAGCUAUGAAGGAAAACAGGGAGACCCACAUCAAAACCAUAAAGGAAAAAGCUAGAGAUGUGGUUCUGAAAGUCGAUGAAAAAAGGAAAAUUAUAGAUUCUCCUGCCAAGGAAGAAAAAUUAGAAGCCAUUAAUAAGAAGCUCAUGGUUGCACAAGAACAAAGAGAGGCUUUCUUGAAUUCGUUGCAAGAGCGAUUGAAAGAGCACGAUAAACAUAUCAUGGAAGUAAAGAAGCAAAUGGAAGAACAGACAGAAAAUCUAAGAGAGAAAAGCAUUAAGAAACUAGAAGUUGCUCAAGUAAAACGGGAAACUCUUUUGAAAGAAAUACAGGAAAAAAUGAAAGAACAUGAACGCCACAUUGAAGAAGUACGCCAGAAAGCAAUGUCUGUCAGCCUUGAUGACAAUUGUAAGGAAAUUUUGUCUGGAUGAGAAAUCUAAGCUUCCUAUUUGAAUGUUGAGUUUGUUCUAUUUCCAUAUUUUUAGCAGCAAAUUUUUUUAUGUAUGCUUUAUUUUUUUAUUAAGUGUAACAAUUUCAGGAUGUAAAUCUCAUAACUAUUGAUAUUUUGUAUGCCUUUUUGCGCAUAUUGGAUGACAUUCCUUGAAGGAAGAGCAUUGUCCAUAGCAUAGAAUUAAAUGCUACUCAUUUUCCAAUAUAAUCAAGGAUAUUGUUUCAAAGUUGGGACUGGUUUUCUGGAAAAUAUUUUUGUAUAAAUGAGUGAAAUCGGUUCUUUUUAUAUUAUAUGCAAAGCUCUCAGUUUUAGUUCAUAUACUUUUCCAAGAGAAUGUCUAGCAAUUUAAAUGAUGUGUUAGUGAAUGCUUUUCAAAAGCCAUGUUUUUAAGAAAUCUCUUCAGUGUUACAUAAUGAUUUAAAGGAAUUUCUUCACAUUUUUGGUGGAGUUGGGGAAAUUUACUUUACAUUGAUCUAUAAAACGAUUUUCAUAAAUGAAACCUACAUUUGUUUGUGUGUGAUGGUUGAAAUCUAGGCUGUGUUUAAGCUUGCUCCUUCAAGAAUACUAAUGAUAUGGAAUAACUUAGUAUCUAUAGUAGUUAUACACAAUGAGUUGUAAUUAGGUCUUUAAUAUUAACUUCACAUAUGAAUUGAAAAUAUACUUUGUCAUUUAUGUAAUUCAUGUUCUUCUAUUUUCUCCUCGUUUAAUUGCUGUUUUUUUCGCAUAAUGCUUUUUGGAACAGAAUUGCCAAUGGCGCAUUAUUUCACAGCGUGUUAUAUGACCAAUGCACGAGGCAUCCCUGUUUCUGCUCGGAUGCGUUUAUCUUUUAGUGCUUCAACAAUAACCAAAUUGUAUCAGAUAUCCAUGAGGUAUGCUAGUAUUUUGACGAAUAUCCGAUACAUCUCUUAUUUCGAGUUGAAGUGCUUCUAGCACAGAAGUUCAAAUGAGGUAUGCAAACUUGAUAAGGAACCCUUUAAAAGCAUCUUAGUCGAUUCAUUAAAUUUUUAACUCUCAUUUUUAAAAAGUUUACUUUUAUAUCACCUGUGCCCCUAAAAAUAUGGAAUAAUGGGUCUAAAUAUCUUUAAAUAGUGUUGUUUGAUUUUAUAGUUCCUUUAUACACUGUAGAUUUAAAAUGGCAAUCCAAAAAACUAAUAAGUUGUAGUACUGAAUUUUUUACUUUUUCCCUCCAUUCCCUCUAGAUGAAUAAGAUUUUUUUUUCUCUCAGUGUUAAAACCCAGAUCUCGUUUUUUUCUUUUAUUUUUAAAAUUAGACAAUAGAAAGAUGGAAUCCACUAGAAAAAAACCUACUUGCUUUUGUUUACAUGGAGUGCUCUUAAAAAAAGAAGAGAUUUUAUCAAAUGAGUAUUACUUAACAUUCCCUUUAAUACUUUCACUGAACUAAAUAGCGUAUGAAAUUUUGGUAGCUAACAAGCCAGACAGUUUUAAUGUUUUUUAAUCAAGCUUCCCUGCAUUGUAAUUAUCUAAAAAGAGAGGAUGUUCAUAGUGUAAAUCUUUUAAAUAGAACUGUAUUUUAAAUAACUAAUGUGUUUGGAAAUUAAAUUUCCAAUUUUUCUGAUUUUGUGGAAUUGUCAAUUUUUAUACUGCUUAAUGAGCUUUCCUUUAUAAUUAAGUUUGGUUUUAGAGUAUACCUUUUUGUACUGAGGUGCUGUGCACUGUUCUGAAUUCAAAUAGAAAAAUUCUUAAUCAUUCCAGAAAUCACAUGUCUAGAACUGAUAUGCAAGUCAUGGUUUUCCUGAUAUUGCUGUCUUUCACUUCUUUCUUACUGAUGUCAAAGCUUGAGCUAUAGAUUGUUUAUUUCAUUUAAAUGAAUUCAUGAGUUGGUUUAGGUGUCUUAAAUUGAAAACCUUUGAAGUUGAAAUAAAAUACAAACUAUGCCGGUCGAAGAAGCAGGUUUUUUUUUCUUUGCUUGUGCUUGAAUAGUUUUAGAAUUUUCGUCAAAACUAUUUUUAAGCCUUUAACAUCUAAAGCAGUUAGCAAGUUAUGUCCUUAUGUGUAAAAUUUCAAAUCUACACACGUGCUUUCAUCGAAACUCUAAGAAUCUCAGUAUAGGUGGUAGGUGCAGUUCUCUUUUGUUAGAAUCCUUAUCAAAAUAUAACUCUGUGAAGAGUAUCCAGUUCAAAUGGUCACCUUCUACCUAAGCCCUCUGAAUAGCAUACAAAUAUGUUCAAAAUUUGAUUUGAACAGCCGUUGUGCCAGUGUUAUGGGCAUGCCAUGCAAUUGUCAAGAUGAACUUCAAAUUAAGAGAGGGAUAUCCAUGGAAAUUUUAUCAUAUAAACUUAAAAUAUCAAGAAAAUAGUUCGUUUUUGCUAAUGAACAUGUAAUUAAUGCUUAUUUUAUAUUAAUCAGUAGCACCAUCCCCCUGCAACUUUUUGUUUUAUUCUCUCAAAUUCUGCCAAAAACUUAAAAUUUUGUUUUUCAUGCAUAUUUUAUUUCCUUUUUUCCCCCCUGAUGGAUUUUUUUGCCUGCCAUUGAUAGUUGACUUUUAAAAAAGUUAAUGAUACAUUUUCAUGUAAUUACUGUGAAAAGAUAAGAUUUUCAAACGUUACAUAUAUAUGUAAUGCAUGCCAGGGUUAUGAAUGAAAAUGUCUAUGUAUUGAAAUUACCUGUAAAAAUUAAUUUAGCAAUUGUGCACAUUUUUAUUCUGUAAAUUCUCUUGCUAAAUUUAUGUACUGUAAUGAAACUUCAUGGAUUUGCUAUCUGAAAUAAAAUAAUACUGUAAAGUUGCUUAACAUGAGAAAGAAUAAAAGGCAUAGCUCUG